GCCACAGAGAGUGAUCACCAGAAAACCUAUUCAGAUCUUUAAAAGGAGCACAUCAGUAACAACGAUAGCACUCUUCACUAGUAAAAAUCAAGAAGUAACAAGACGACACAGCAAAGCAGAAUCUCUUGGAAAAGAUGGUACUGGAAACUCUGAAUCCAAUGUACUACAACAUCACCAGCCUUUUACCAGAUACGAUGCCAGUGGCCACGGUGCCCAUACUUAUUCUUGUGUGCUUUCUGUUUCUAAUAUGGAAUCAUGAAGAAACUUCGUCAAUACCAGGGCCAGGAUACUGUAUGGGAAUCGGUCCCCUCAUUUCACAUGGGAGAUUUCUCUGGAUGGGAGUAGGUAACGCCUGCAACUACUACAAUAAGACAUAUGGAGAAUUUGUGAGAGUUUGGAUCAGUGGUGAAGAAACAUUUAUAAUCAGCAAAUCCUCAAGUGUUUUCCAUGUAAUGAAACAUUGGCACUAUGUUUCUCGAUUUGGGAGCAAGCUUGGAUUACAGUGCAUUGGCAUGUAUGAAAAUGGGAUCAUAUUUAAUAACAACCCAGCACACUGGAAAGAAAUUCGACCCUUUUUCACCAAAGCUCUGUCUGGCCCUGGUCUGGUGCGUAUGAUAGCAAUUUGUGUUGAAUCAACAAUUGACCACCUGGACAAACUAGAGGAGGUAACCACUGAAGUAGGAAACAUCAACGUGUUGAACCUCAUGAGACGGAUCAUGCUUGACACAUCUAACAAGCUUUUUCUCGGGAUCCCUUUGGACGAAAGUGCCAUUGUACUAAAGAUUCAGAACUACUUUGAUGCUUGGCAAGCACUUUUAUUAAAACCCGACAUCUUUUUUAAGAUUUCUUGGCUGUGCAAGAAAUACGAAGAGGCAGUCAAGGAUCUGAAAGGAGCAAUGGAAAUCUUAAUAGAACAAAAACGACAAAAGCUUUCCACUGUUGAAAAGUUGGAUGAACACAUGGAUUUUGCAUCCCAGUUGAUUUUUGCACAGAAUAGAGGGGAUCUGACUGCCGAGAACGUGAACCAGUGCGUGCUGGAGAUGAUGAUUGCUGCUCCUGAUACUCUGUCUGUGACUCUCUUCUUCAUGCUUAUACUGAUUGCAGAGCACCCCACAGUGGAAGAGGAGAUGAUGAGAGAAAUUGAAACUGUUAUGGGUGACAGAGACAUACAGAGUGAUGACAUGCCAAACUUAAAAAUCGUGGAGAACUUUAUUUAUGAGAGCAUGAGAUAUCAGCCAGUUGUGGACUUGAUCAUGCGAAAAGCUUUACAAGAUGAUGUAAUUGAUGGCUAUCCUGUGAAAAAGGGAACAAACAUUAUUCUCAAUAUUGGACGGAUGCAUAAGCUUGAAUUCUUCCCAAAGCCAAAUGAGUUUUCUCUUGAAAACUUUGAGAAAAAUGUUCCUUCACGCUACUUCCAACCUUUUGGAUUUGGCCCUCGGGGCUGUGUAGGAAAGUUUAUUGCCAUGGUAAUGAUGAAAGCAAUUCUGGUGACUCUUCUGAGACGGUGCAGAGUACAGACAAUGAAGGGAAGAGGCCUUAACAACAUCCAGAAAAACAAUGACUUAUCCAUGCACCCAAUAGAAAGGCAGCCUCUGCUAGAGAUGGUUUUCACACCAAGAAGAAACACGAACAAAAAUCAGGAUGACUAAAAUGGAUCAGGCACCAGCAUUGAAGUCACAGGGCUUUCUCAGCCACAGCCACUAAGAAAGCCCCAUUGUUCCUAGGUAAAGUUCUAGAGUAAAACAAUUUUUGGCCCCUAAAUCACUACAGCUUCAUAUGACAACUUGUUCUGCCUGCACAGCAGAACUCUGGCCACAACUUCAGUGUAAUAAAGACUAAAACUACAAAAUAGCUCCUAGGUGACACCACACUAUAUGCAGGAUUCCUGACUACUUUAUAAAACCUUCAAGUUCAGACAAAGUUAUGCCUUGCUUUUCAAACAGCACAAGUUCAAAGGUUUGGAGGUCAACAAAAGAACACUCCUGAUGUGUAUUCAGUUCCAGAACUACUCCCCUUUUGCCCCCACCUCCUGAAGUUGGACCUAGCAGUAUUUAACUACUGCAAAAGCUCUAAUUAUCUGGGUUUGAAAACAUCUGACUGAAUAAUACUAAAGUUGAUGUUAUUUAGGACAUAAACAAGUUAUAAAAAAAAUGUUUGUACAAGAAGUCAUUCAAAACUUUUUCUCUACUGUGUUUUACUUUCAUCUUGAACAGAUACCAAAGACUUACAGUGUCAGAUAGAUUGCACUGAGGGUAGUAAUUUUCAGAGCACUAAGUAAUAUGACAACUUGAAACCCAGUAUCCUGCUACAGAGGAUCUGUAAACAUCUUAGCAAUGAUCAGCUGAGAAAAAGGUAAUAAAUAUAAAACAUUACUGCUAGUAUUACACAAGGCAGAAGGAAAAACGGUCACAGCUCCAGCUCAUCUGGGUAACUGAAGGAACUGCCCACCUCAUCGCAGUUUGGUGAAGCAGUUCAAAUUCUCUCUAAGCUGCCUAAGCAGUACCAAAUCCUGUUUCAAUUGCUUGAUUCAACUUCAGAGAGUAAGAUUCAGAGUUGUUGCCCAUGUUCCCACACCACAGCAGGAGAGAAAGUCCCUCCCAAAUUUUUCACAAAGCUCUUAUGGCUUCUCCAGAAAGAGCACCAGGCUGCAUCCUGCUCUCAAGCAUCCUGCUUCACACCCACUCAUUUAAAGAAAGCCAGUAGCAUCAAAAGAGAAACACUGGCUCAAGAGGUAGACCUUUUUUUUUUUUAAAGGUAAAAUGGGCUUCACUCAUCUACUCAAGGUAAGAUGGCAGUCUUAUUGGGUAAAUGCUCAGAGUUCUGUAGUGGCAAAGAAGAGAAGUUCUGAAGUAAUAAUCAGAUUUCCAGAUAACAUUUUUUAAAGGGUUUUCUACAUACACAGAUUUUUAUAUUAAUUAUUAAUUAGGCUUAGUAUUAUACUUAGUCCUUAACAGGAAAGAUACAUAACUACCCACAAUUUCUUGUUGAAAAUGGACCUAUCUUGAAAUCUGUAGAAUCUUGAUGUUCAUUGAUAUCUCUAUCAGUGUAAUGAUGAGUUAUUGGUUUGGUCAAGAAGAAAAAAACCCUCCCGGCUUAAUGAUCACAUCCAUUGACAGAGACUUCCCACGUUCAGUAAGCUCAAGUUUUCAUACUGUGUAACCCAAAGAAAGGAGUUUUCUGGAUAAAGUGCCUUGAUAAAGCCAACCAACCAAUAGGCUUUAUAUUAACUUUUUCCUUCCAAGUCACUUAAACUGUAAAAAGAAAAAAAAAAUUGUUCAUGUAUUGUGUAUGGCCUUAUUUCAAAUAUCUAAUUAGAAUUAGUUAGAUUAACUAAUCUGUUCCCUCAGACCACUGCUCUCAGGUGCAGGUUCACCAGAGGAAUAUCUAUCCAGCAGCAUGGAAAAAUUGCAUAAACCAACUAAAUAAUUAUGUGUUCCAGCCAAAGGCAAUGAGUUAGGUCAGGCUGGGGCUGCUGACAAAGAAGAGGAACUGCACAUUUAGGUGUUUUCUCAAAACAGCAUGUAAAUUUUCUAGAAUAAUUAAAAAAAAUAAUCAAACUUGAAAGCAGAAUAAUUUAUUGUAGGUAGGUUGCUUUUAAAGCUUUCUCCAUAGCAUUUGCAUGGUACCCAAAAAUAACAAUAGUAAAGGGCAAUCCCAUACCACCCAUAAACACAGACAAAAUUGGGCAUUUAAAGAUGUAUAGAAAUAUGGGACUUCUACUAUGUCAUGAAGCAACACAGUGGUAUGAACCUUUGGAAUAUCUAAUGUAACCUCUAUUUCUACAUUCUCUCUAGCCUUUAAACUAGGAAAUUGCUAGAGCUGUUGGGAGAAUAAAACAACAACCCCCCCCCAAAAAAACCCACCCCACAAAAACUUAUUAAAUCCCAUUCUUACUCAUUCUGUAUUUUAAAAUACCAAAAAGGGUACUUCAGUGGACCCACAUUUCUCAUUUGUUCAGGAACUUUAAAAAGAAGCCCACUGAAGGGUCUUUUUUCUUGGGAAUAAACUACUUUUUCAUACGCAGUACACAUCUUUGCUUAUUUCACACACAAAAAACAUUUCUUACAGUGAUAAGUUACUCUCUGAUUUUCCAUCUCAUAAUUAUAGGUCUCUCCCCCAAGUAAAAUUUUUCACAAGGUUGGAAUUAAUAAAUUACUUUUAUCAUUCAAAUUUUGAAACAAUUAUAUAAAAUCAUGUAGAUAUAUGAAAAAUGCAUGCUGUUCUGAUUUUUUUAAUGUAUUAUAUAUUGUUGAAUUUGUAGACUGGAAUUUCAGAAACAUGAUUACCAUAAUUAUCCUAUGGAAGAAAUAAAGCAGGUUCAUUUUUUACUUUUUGUAAGCAAGCCUGCAGAACUAUUUCCCUUUGUAUUUUAAGUAUCUUCUUUCUGAUAUGCUUUGCACGCUGUGUUUCUGGUCCUCAAAUUUCUACAGUACUUAAUUCCAUCCAAAUGUGGACAACAGACCUGUUAAUUAAUCUCAGCUAUUAGCUAAUCUGAGCCCCAUUCUCCAUAUCUCUGUUAUGGCUGUUAUGCAGUGGUCUAUUUGCAUGAAUAUUUGCAUGGUAAGAUCCAUUUCCCUUUCCCAUAUACUUACUUACGUUUGAGAACUGCAGUUGGUGAAGCAGUGUUUCAAAGCUUGCCAUGUGGAUAUAAACAGUUUAAAUCCUUUCAAUGUAUAUAUGCCAUUGUAUAAAACAGACCUCUGAUUUUAAAUGGUGUUUUAUUACCAGGUACUGUAAAAAUCUAAGUGGCUUAAAACCACAUCAACUCUACUGUCAUCAAGUGGCUAUUCCAUUAAUGUUCAGUACAUCAACAUAGACCAGACUUGAAGACUAUGUUUUAUACAUCACUGUGAUUAUGGGCUGCUCACAGCACAUAAAUGUGGGUGUUGUUAGAAAAUAAAAUAGUAAUGAAAUAAAAGUUGUACGCUCAAAAACAAGUUUUAAAUCAUGAUUGUGUUUUCUCAAUCUAAGAAUCACAAUAAAGCAUUUAAAUCUAUGAAUGUGUAUGCAUGCACGAACUGCUUGCUAAAAGUAUUAAAUACAAGGAUGAAAUCUGGGAUGUUCUAAACUCAGAUUUCCCCUUGAUUUCGGAGGGCAUACUAUUGCAAAUAUUUUUAAUAACAGUAAGAAAGCAGAAAUAGAUUAAGUAAUUUCAUUUCAUACAAGACUUCUUGUCUAACGAUGCACUUUAUUGAAACUUUAAAAGGAGGAGGAAGAGGUAGUUACAUGACAGAAAACAGGAAGGUAGGAAAUGGCUCGGUAAAACAAAAAAUUAAAAAAAAUAAAGCAUGAGAACUCUUUAAUAUGGGUGCAAGUGGAUAGAUUUUUCAGACAGUAACCUGAUCACAAGAUACUCCCAGUGAAAACAUUUAUCAUGGAAUUUUACAAGGUCUAUUAAUAAUUUUGAACCAUUAAUAAACAAUUGUCAGUUUUAUUAGAUUGUUCACUUUCUGCAUUCUCCAAUACAAUGCAGUGUUAUAGCUUCAGUUAAUAUCCCAUUAAGAUAAAUUCUUAACUUUAAAAGAA